CUGAUAACUCCAGGGGGCAUCCGAUCACCUCCCACGCGCAGCAAGGAAUUUACCUGUCUGGAAUGCACCCAAAACAAAAAUGGCUUGGGGGUACAACCUCCCCUGACAGAUGCCUUCCGCCUGCCAGGCCCAGCACUCCCUCCCCCUACUACCAUCCCCCCAGGCUGGGUGUUCUAUCCAGGACAAGGAUGGGUCCAAUGCCAGUGGCAGCCAGCUGCUCCCACUCCAAACUUCCAUGGAUCUCCCUGGUUUUCAUACGGCCCUUCAGCACAAUACAUUACAAGGAACUUUGAUCCAGCAACCGGGGGAAAUUCCACCCCCCUCUGCAACUCAGCAACCAACUCCUGUCUCUGCAGCUUUCCCCCCUCCCCACAGGGGCCUAGUCAGAAACCCGCAGCAGCUGUCCCACAAAUUCCUCCCCAUCUACCAGCAGCCCAGCCAUCACCCCCACCUCUACCCCCACUAGCCCCACUUCUCUUCAAAGCAACUUUUGGACGGCACACCACCAAACUAGCUUACUUCAUCAGCAGAAUCUGGGCUCACGUAGAUCAAUUUGGACAUCAAUACCGAUUGGAAAGAGAUUUGAUAAAUGCCAUUUCCGAUGGCAUGAAUGAGGGAGAGGCCUCUGAGUGGAUUGCCCAGCUCCACAAUGAACAUGUUCCAGAAUUAAAUGAUAUUGCAGGAUUUGUGGCACUGCUCAAAGCCAGAUUCGAAGAUAAGGACCGUAUUGCAGAAAGCCAAGCCACCUUAAAAACAACGAAACAAGGCAACAGACCCUUAAAAGAAUUUGUAUGGGACUUUAGACGAGUAGCAGGAAACCUCAGCCAUUGGCCAAACCACAUUCUCCUCCACUAUUUCAAAGAGGCAAUCAAUCAAGAAGUCAGAAAAGCCUGUAGCAUACGGGGAGUACCUGAUCAAUUGAAUGACUGGUACAACGUAUCCAUAGCUCUGGACAGAGAAAUCAACCCUCCCACACCUCUACCGAAAAACCUCCCCGAAGACCUUUAGCCAAACCUCCCCUCUCUAAACCUGCAACACCUUCAAUCCUUCAAUCACCGACGAUAAUAAAAUGCUACCGCUGUGGCAAAUUAGGACACCGAGCUUCGACCUGCUUGGCUCCAACACCCAUCCCACAACAGCACCCAACAACUGCGGCCCGAGGGAAAAAAACUUCCAAGAGGAAACAUAAACACUCCUCGAUUCGCAAGACAAGCCACGGACGUUCCCCUCACUGAAGAAACAAAGUCACCUCCGUCGGCUGGAACACCUCCCGACGACCCUGCCGACGAUCCUGCCGGAGAGGAUGACCCUAUGGGCAUGGCACAUAAGCGAUGCUUGAGCAAAAUCGGCAGGAUUGUCCGGGAUGCUACACGACCUGUUUUCCUUGUUACCUUCCGGGAGGAAGCUUCCUGGGAUCCGAAGCAGAACAUUCCGAUUCAGGUGGGUCUUCAUGGUCAAGAAAGGGUACCAGGAAGUGGACACCUCCAUCCAGAGUUCGGUCAUCACCAAGGUGAAGGGCGUGGCCUUCACCAACACCUCAGAGAUGGGCAAAAGGAUUUGGGACGUGGUGGACUAUGUCAUGCCUCCUCAGGGCGAAAGUGUUUUUUUCGUAAUGACCAAUCUGAUCAUCACCCCCAAGCAGCGGCAAGAUACCUGCCCUGAGAACCCGGGUAUUCCAGAUGCCUUGUGUUACCGCGACAAGGACUGUUCUCGGGGAGAAGCCGUGAUAGCUGGCAAUGGUAUCAAGACCGGAGCGUGCAUAAAAAUGGGGAAUAAUAUCAGUGGGACGUGCGAAAUCCUAGCUUGGUGCCCCGUGGAGAAGAAAGACAGAACAAAAUCAGCUCUUCUGGCCGAUGCAGAGAAUUUCACGGUUUAUAUCAAGAACACCAUCCGUUUCCCCAAGUUUAAUUUUUCCAAAACCAACGUCCUCGACACCAAAAAUGAUGCUUAUUUGAAAAAUUGUCGCUACGGACCAGAUCAGCCGUACUGCCCCAUCUUCUCACUGGGGAAGCUGGUCAACUGGGCUGGGAGCAACUUCCAUGAGAUGGCAUCAGAGGGCGGUGUGAUUGGCAUCCAGAUUGAAUGGGACUGCAACUUGGAUAAAAAGCCGUCGGAAUGCAACCCUUGCUAUUCUUUCACUCGCCUAGAUAACCAAUUUGCGGAGAAGUCGGUCUCCUCUGGAUACAACUUCAGAUUUGCCAAGUAUUACCGGAGCGCGGCUGAUGUUGAUUUCCGAACGUUGAUCAAAGCUUACGGGAUCCGUUUUGAUAUCAUGGUGAACGGCAAGGCGGGGAAAUUUAGCAUCAUCCCAACGGUAAUCAAUGUGGGUUCCAGUCUUGCGCUAAUGGGAGUGGGGGCGUUUCUCUGCGACUUGGUACUGCUGUAUCUCCUCCGAAAAAGCCAGUUUUACAGAGGGAAAAAAUACGAGGAAGUGAGGUCAAACACCAAGAAAUCUUUGCCGGAAAACACCAUCAACGGGAACCAGCCUGGAAACCAAAGUGAGGAUUCUUUAUCCCGGUUGGAUCAACAGCUACAGACGGUUGAGGCCUAAAGCUGUGCCUUCCUCUGGAGACCACCCUUCACAACGUCAUCCGUCGUUAAGAGAAACCACGGACCACAGAAAGUUGCAGGAAGGGAUUCGCUUCAGCUGUUCGCGGCCUUCGUUUUCGACAUCCUAAGCCAAGGAUACCGCACGUUGCAGGAUGUUAACUUUUUUAAAGCAAACCAAAUGCCAGAAAAUCUUGGGUAAGGACCGUAGCUGCGUGGUGGAUAUAAAUUCUCUUCCGGAUCAACUUAACACAGCCGUUCUUAAGCCUGUCAAAUGUAUGUCAACGGAUGAGUGGAGAGGACAGUGAAUUAUUAUUAUUGUCCAUCGCGCAGUCAGCCAGACGGAUUUGGCAUUUUUGUCCACCCAUCGAGUCCUUCCCAAGAACGGGGCGGUGGCCUAGAGGUGGAGCUCUCGCCUCACAAAUCAGGAGGCUGCGAGUUCGAUCCUAGGUGUAGCGGCUGAUAUUUCUCUCUCAGGGCAUAAUGAGAAUAUAUCUUGCCGCAAAAUUCCGUAUUGACAACAGGAAGGGCAUCCAGCCAGUAAACACUCAGCUCCAUUCAGUUGCCCCGACUCCACCCCAAAAGAAAUUACGAGGUCAUUAAACGAGAAAAGGAAAACAAAAAAACAAAAAACCGGAGUCCUUCCCAAGACCCCAGAAAAGGCAGAUGUGGAUAUUUGAUGGUGGUAAAGUUCUCGUUGCAGGAUGUCAGCUAUUAUGAGUAAAUCUGCCUUUUGCAAUUGACUGAUGGUGAAUUUGUCAAUGCCGAUGGCCUUCAAGUGGUGCUUGGAUGUUUUGGAAUUGCCCUCAAGGCAUCUAUUACUAUGGAUACUACCUUUAAUUUCUUUUGCCGCAGUCAUUAUUACAGGUGGUCCUCGACUUACAACAGUUCGUUUAGUGACCGUUCAAAGUUACAAUGGCACUGAAAAUAGCGACCUAUGACCAUUUUUCACAACUUUGCAGCAGCCCCGUGAUCCUGUGAUCAAAAUCAAAACUGACUCAUACUGAUGACGUUCCUGUGUACCAAGGUCACGUGAUCCCCUUUUGUGACCUUCUGACCACCAAAGUCAAUGGGGAAGCCGGAUUCACUUAACAACCAUGUUACUAACUCGCAGUGAUUCACUUAACAAAUGUGGCAAGAAAGGUCGUAAAAAAGGGGGCAAAGCUCACUUAACAAAUGUUUCUUAACAACGGAAAUAUUGGGCUGAAUUGUGGCCGUAAGUCGAGGACUACCAGUAAUUACCAAAUUUACUUGCCGUCCGUCUCGCACUUCAAAGCGACUCUGAGAAUAAUGAUAUUCUGAGCAUUCUUUGAAAAUUAUAUGAUAGUAAGACUUUAAUCGUCGUCUUCCCAUUCUGCUAUCCGUUUUGAAUCUCUUCCUGCAAAUUGUUGAGCCAGUGGGAUUAUUCAGGAAUUCGAAAUAAAUUCUUGCAACAUUGCAUAAACAAUUCUCCAGCCUGUGGGAUUAUGCCGGAAUUCUAAAUAAAUUCCUGCAACACGCAUGAAUAAUUCUCCAGCAUCCAACCAACUCAGGAAACAUAACUUCAUGAUGAAGAUGGGUUGAUCAUUGGCAUGUCUUGAACCUCCCACUUCAGGGAAAAAAAAAAAAAAAGAGGCUGGAUUUUAUUUUUUUCUGCCUAUGGUAUGAAUUUACACGCAACCCAAGUCUUAUUUUAUGACCGGUGCACAGAGUGGCAAGUCGCAGGAAUUAAAUCAGAAUAUUAUCUACGGAACAAGCCAUGUUCGUGAUGGCUGCUUUACCAGGAAUUUCUGUAUGUUUUAAAAAAAAAAUAUGGGUGGAAUUGAAAAAGGAAGUUUUAAAAAGUGAACAUGAUUUUGAUGAUGAGAAGGAAUAGAUCAUAGAGUGAGUUUUUUUAAAAAAACAACAACUAUAGAGUAAGAGAUAAUGUUGCAUUUGUUACUUAUAAUUUGCUGCGAAGAAAAUUGGAAGCUAUUUCUAUUUUUUCCCCCGCAGCUUCUUUUUGCAGUUUGGGCUUUUUUCCUCAUUUUCUUUCCUGUCUUUCCUUUAUAUCCUCACAGGAUUGUCGUUGUGAGGAAAGGAGGAGGAAGAAGCAGUAUUUAGUAUGUUCGCCACCUUGAGUUAUUUAGAAAAAUAAUAAAGGAGUAAAAUUGUAUAUGUUCUUGUUAGUUUUUAAUCUUUUUUUUUUAAAAAAGAGUAAAAAUUAUUUUAAAAUACGUUUAUAUUUAAUGAUAUUAAAUAAACCUUAAUAUAUUAAAAAUGGGUUUUAGUUGACAAGGAAAGUUAAUUUUACAACUUGCGCUGUAGCAAGAUAGCUUUAAACCUUAAGCUGUUACAGAUAGUCCUUGAACUUCUGCCAGUAGAAGCCAAAAUUCCCGUUACUAAGCGAGGCAGUUAACGGGAGCUGUGCCAAAUUUUACGAGAGUUAAGCAAAUCACUGCAGUUGUUAAGUGAAUCAUGCGGUCAUUAAGGGAAUCUGGUUUCCCCCCCACUGAGUUUGUUAGAAGGCGGCUGGGAAGGUCUCAAACGGUGAUCCCGUGAUCCCAGGAUAAUGUAGGAUGAUUGUAAAACAAUAACAUAGAGAACUGGUGUGUGUGUGAGAGAGAGAGAGAGAGAGAGGGAGGAGUGAGGGAGUGAGAGAGAGAGAAUAUGAAUAUUUGCAGUUCAGAGUUGAACUGUGGGGCCCUUGGUACUCUCUGAGCUUGGUGGUUUUCUUGCAGACGUUUCAUGACCCAACUAGGUAACAUCAUCAGUGUAUGUGAUGGUAAAUUUGCUGCCUACUUAUAUACAGUAGCUUGCCCUGGGAUGGAAUUUUGGCAAGAGACAAAUAGGCUAUCUGCUAUCAAUAGACACGUAGAGAUGAAGCACAUUUACACACCAUUCAAGGGAGACAAUCAAAAGCUAAGACGGAAACAAAAGGCGAUAUAUUCUCUCUAGCUGUGGACACCCAGUUAAGCAGGGAUUAACACCAAACAAGCAGAGAACAAAACUCUAAUCAAGGUAUCGAACACACACACAGAGUACUGGCAGGGUGUGUUACUAUAUAUUAACGGGGAGCAAUUCCCACAUUUGCUAUUACUGAAUGUCUGCAAGAAACUAACAAGCUCAGAGAAUACCUCUCAGCGGUACUCUCCACUUACCUUUGCUAC